AUGUCGGCGCCGUCAUCCUCCCAGGCGCUCGAAUACCUCCAGGGCCUGCCUCUACAGACGCACCGGAAGCUCUAUGAGGCACCUGCGACAGUGCUGGCGGUGUUUCGCUGCAUGCUACCCCAUCUUGCGAAGACGCUGGUAAUGGCAAUGCUCUACAUGCCCACCUCGUUCCCCGAAUCGCAAGUCAAUGCGUGGUUCAAGCCCGGCGCGACUCGUGAGAAAUCGCACGCCCUGUUCGUUCUCGCCCAACUCCACAUCCUCGAUGCUGCAAAGGAAGACGACGGCAGGAAGACUUACUCGCUCUCUCCGGGCUUCAAACGCAGUCUGCGACAUGCUCUGGAGGGCUCUGGGAGGGAUGGCUCCUUUGGCGUGUCUGCCACAGCAGAGGAGAGCAGAGGCGAGAGAAGGGUCAGCAUCGAGUAUCUGGACGAGCAUGCGAGGGCACAGUGGGAGACAAUCCUGUUCUACAUGGUCGGCGGUGCUGCGGGUGUGGAUGUCAAAUCAGACAUGGGUGCGGGAACCAAGAAGCUACUGCAUGCCGGAGAUCUGGUCAGGACCUGGCAAGGGCAACCGCGCAUCACCAAGGAGGGGUUCACGUUUGUUUUGCAAGAGACGAACGCGCAGGUCUGGAACCUGUUGAUUGUGUACCUGAGAAUGGUCAACGAUCUCGGGAUGAAUGAAACAGACGUCCUCUCCUUCCUCUUCAUGCUCGGCUCCCUCGAGCUCGGCCAAGCCUACUCAACCUCGACCCUCACCGCCACCCAACUGCAGAUGCUCGAUGACCUCUCAGCAAUGGGCAUCGUCUUCCGCUCGAGCAAAGACGCCAAGAUCUUCUACCCAACCCGGCUCGCAACAACCCUAACAUCUGAAUCCGGCGGUCUCAAUUCCUCAAGCUCCAGCAGCAGCACCAGCUCCAGCUCGUCCGCAAGCCAAGGCUUCAUAAUCAUCGAGACAAACUACCGCCUCUACGCAUACACCAGCUCACUAAUCCAAAUGGCCAUCAUCUCGCUGUUCUGCAAGCUACAGCACCGCUUCCCGAACCUGAUCUCGGGCAAGCUAACCAAGGAAUCGGUCCACCGCGCGGUAGCACAGGGCAUCACCUCGGCGCAGAUCAUCUCGUACCUGACGACGCACGCACACCCGCAGAUGCAGAAGAACACGACGUUCCUCCCGCCCACCGUCAUGGACCAGAUCCGCCUGUGGGAGUACGAGGGCGAGCGCGUCGAGACAGAGACGGGGUAUUUGAUGCGCGAGUUUGGUUCGCUGGCCGAGUAUAGAGAUGUUAAGAAGUACGCUGAUGAGUGUGGUGUGCUCAAGUGGAGCAGUGAUGAGAAGAGGAUGUUUUUCAUCACGCAUGUUGAGCAGGUUAGUGCGUAUCUGAAGAGCAGGAAGGCGCCGAGAUAG